GGAGGGGCCGAAAGCACCAACCAAUUAACACACACACACACGGGAACAAGUCUUCGCAUUAUGUUCGAGAGCUUAAAGAACGACUACCAAGUGAGCGAAGAGAUCGGCCGCGGCCGCUUCGGCGCCGUCUUCCGCUGCACUUCCACCGCCUCCGCCCACUCCUUCGCCUGCAAGUCCAUCGACAAGCGCCACCUCUCCGACCCCGUCGACCGCCAGUGCCUCGACCGCGAGCCCAAGAUCCUCCACCUCCUCUCCGGCCACCCCAACAUCCUCCGCCUCCACGCCGUCUUCGACGACCCCAACUUCCUCCACAUCGUCACCGAUCUCUGCGACUCCGACGACCUCUACGCCCGCCUCACCGCCGCCCGCUCCUUCUCCGAGCCCGCCGCCUUCGCCCUUUUCCAGCCGCUGAUCUCCGCCCUCGCCCACUGCCACCGCGUGGGCGUGGCCCACCGUGACAUCAAGCCCGACAACAUCCUCUUCGACUCCGGCGGCAAGUUGAAGCUCGCGGACUUCGGGUCGGCCGAGUGGUUCUUCUGCGCCGGCGAGAGGCGGCCGAUGAGAGGGAUCGUGGGGACGCCCUACUACGUGGCGCCGGAGGUCUUGGCCGGCAGGGACUACAGCGAGAAGGUCGAUGUGUGGAGCGCCGGCGUGAUUUUGUACAUUCUUCUCGCCGGCGUUCCCCCGUUCUACGGCGAAACUCCGGUGGAGACUUUUGAAGCGGUGAUGCGUGGGAAUCUGCGGUUUCCGACGAAGAUUUUCAGGUCGGUGUCGCCGGAGGCCAAGGAUCUGCUGAGGAAGAUGAUCUGUAAGGAUGUUUCGAGGCGAUUGUCGGCUGAACAGGUCCUAAGACAUCCGUGGAUGAUCAAUGGAGGAGAGACGGGAUCAACCGCUGAUCUGACUUGAAACUGGCUCUGAAUGAUCGAUGUACGUGUAUUUAUAUAUAAUAAUACGAACCAACCAACAAGAGAGAGGGUUGUUCUUGUUCUUCCGGAUCGGAUCGGAAUUGGAAGAGAGGGGGAAGAAAGAGAGGACGGCCAAUGAAUUGGAGAUUGGGGUUCUAUAUGUCUCUCUGUGUUUAAUCUUUCUUGAGGAAGAAAGGGUGGCAAUCAUAUGUAUGUACAUUUGUAUCUGCGGCGUGGGGAAUCAAUCUGUACUAUAUAUGCAUAUUUAUAGGUAUAUAUGUAUAUGAUGAGAGAUCAUAAUUAAGAUGAUCCUUUUCUUUCUUUCUUUCUUUCUUUCUUUCUUUUUUGGGUACGGGAAGAGAUGCAGAGUGGUUUUAUUAUGUAUGCAACAUAUGCAAAUAACAGAGAGAUUGCGUUAUAUGAAUGGUUAAUUUUCUCCCA